CCGCCAAAGCUCCUACAAAUCCCACAAUCCGCUUUCGGCUGCGCUGCUGUUGCGUAGAGCCAGUGCGGUGCUGUUAAGUAUUGGGCCUCCCUCUCUCUCUCCUCGUUAGCAGUCAGUCAGUCAGUCACUGUGCUUUGUUCGCUCUUUUAAAGGCGAGGUGGUGAAAUAAGCAAGCCGCAAUGUUAUUGCAAUCAGUGUUAUUUUAAAGAAACGGAAAGGAAUCCAUGUAGAGAUUCCGCAAUGGCAGAUCACAAUAAGGAGUCUUUAAGGAAGAUUAUAACUACACUGGCUGUGAAAAAUGAGGAGGUCCAGAACUUUGUCUACGUGCUGAAGCGAACCCUGCAGAAUGUUGAGGAUAAUUCUGAGCGAGCUCUCAGAGACCUGGAAGCAGAAUAUAGCUCGCUGUAUACCAUUCUCGAUGAGCUGAAGGAAGACAUGGUGACAAAGAUCAAACAAGAACGAGCCAGCAAGACAUAUGAACUGCAGAACCAGCUGACAGUCUGUACCAAGGCUUUGGAGAGUUCAGAAGAACUUCUAGAGUUCGCAAACCAGACAUUGGACAACACAAACUCUGAUGGGUUGAACCAGGCUGCCAAACAGAUUAAAGAUAGUGUUACCAUGGCACCAGCUUUCAGGCUGUCCUUGAAGGCCAAAGCCAGCGACAACAUGAGUCAUCUCAUGGUCGACUUCUCCCAAGAACAAAAAGUCCUUCGUUCACUCAAGUUCUUGCCAGUACCAAGUAUUCCGGAAAUCGAUAUAUCUGAGUGUCUGGUAGCAGACAACUGUGUGACUGUGGUCUGGAGAAUGCCUGAAGAGGACACAAAAAUCGAUCACUAUGUAUUGGAAUAUCGCAAAACCAACUAUGAAGGGGCCCCACGACUGAAAGAAGAACACCCCUGGAUGGUGAGGGAAGGCAUUAAGGAGAUGGAAUUCACAUUGUCAGGUUUGAAAUUUGAUACAAAAUUCAUCAACUUCCGGGUGAAAGCUUGCAACAAAGCUGUUGCUGGAGAGUUCUCGGAGCCGGUCACCCUGGAGACCAGUGCAUUUAAUUUUAAUUUGGAUGCUGCGACUGCUCAUCAGAAUUUGAAAGUGGAAGACCACAAAGUGGAGUGGGAUGCAUCAGGGGGAAAGGUGCAAGAGAUCAAAGUUCGAGGAAAGGAAAAUCGAAGUAGGACAGCUUCACCUGCCCAUUCCCCUGCAAGAAGCAUCAUCCAGUCACCAAAGAGAAUGCCAUCUGGAAGGAGCAGCAGGGAUCGAUUCACUGCAGAAUCGUACACCGUUCUGGGGGAUACUCUGAUUGAUGGUGGACAGCAUUACUGGGAGGUUGUGUUCGAAAGAGACAGCAAGGCUUUUCUUGUGGGUGUAGCCUACAGGACUUUGGGCAAAUUUGAUCAAUUGGGAAAGACGAAUGCUUCUUGGUGCCUUCACCUCAAUAACUGGCUGCAAGUCAGCUUCACCGCCAAGCACAACAACAAGGCCAAAGUCCUGGACGUCUCCGUACCCGACAGAAUCGGAGUUUAUUGUAACUACAGUGAAGGUCAUUUGUCAUUCUACAAUGCCAAAAGUAAGCAGUUGAUUCAUUCAUUUAGGACAAAGUUCACACAGCCUGUCCUCCCUGCCUUCAUGGUCUGGUGUGGUAGCUUUAUUGUGCAAACAGGACUUCAGGUACCAAGUGCUGUCAAAUCACUGCAGAAACGCAACAGUGGUACCAGUAGCUCCACUGCUAGCCUAACCUAGAAAUCAUUACCAAGCUUCCAUUUAACUGCACCAUAUCAUUUGCAAAUCAAAGGCUGUACGGUAAAACUUGCCUUGGGGGAAUAAAAAACUAACGACUCGACUCGAAAUUGGAUUCUGCAAACCACUGUGGGAAGUUGGCCUUCUUAAGUUUGAAGUUGAGUCUGGCACUCUCUUUAGGAAUGGAAAAUUGCAAUUGGUUUUCCAUUUCUGAUGAGGAUUAUUACAGAAGAUUGAUGCAAGGUCUAAAUUUUGAAAUGUUUUUAAACAUGACAAACUGGAGGUGCUUGUAACAGUCAAUCAUUACACAGGCUAUUAGAAUCGCAUGUGAUCUUCCUCUCAAGAGUAACUUGACGUCUUAAUAUCUUUUGACCAUAGGAAGCAUCCUAUAUAUAAAAUAUUUGUCAAUUUGUCCAAAUUUCUCUAUACUCAAAGGAGGGGAGUAAAUCUCCAGAGCUGGGAUCUAAAAUAAAAUUAUUUCAGCUAAUUCUGUACUGGUGCCUUUUGUUCAUUUUAAAGUCAAGGCACUGAGAAUGGCCACCUGGAAAUCGGGUUAUAUAAUUGUGUCAAUAAAAAGUAAUGUAUGUCACAGUAAAGCACCUUAAAGGGGCAGAUCAAAAGCAUUUCCCACCUCUGCCCACUGGCUUCCCCAGCUGAAUGUUACCUUGCCUACAGAGAGUUACGUGCAACAGAUUUACGACUACACUGCCCGGGGUGAGUAACGAAUCUUUUCUGUUUUGAUCACUAAGGAAAUUUUAAAUCAUUGUAUCUCCUUGUUGCUUUGCUCUACCUAUACUGUUGCUUCAUAGCUGGGAAAGCAAAAUAGUUUACCCUUGCAUUUCCUUCUGGCCAUUGUUACUACACAGAACGAAACGGUGGGUUCGUAUUAAUUUUAUAAAAUGGAAGCUACACAGUCAAUAGUAUAACUUUAAAAAAAAAAGUUCCAAAUUUGUCCACCAAUGGUAAUUGAUGAUUGUCUUGACUGAGGCCUGCUGAGGAUUAUUCUGCCCCUUUCUGUCCCCUCUCUUGUGCGAGAUAAUGAUUGUUUUGGCCUUUGAAGCUUUAAGCUCUGUUGCUGGCUGCUCCUCACAACUGAAGCAAAACGUAUUGCAUUCUGCAAGACUGUUAGUUUGAGGAUAAAGCUUGAUACACGAGUGGAGUAAGGGAUUCUUCCCGGGUUGUGACUUACACACAUCGCAGACCUGGAAGCUUUCUCAAGAUUGCUUAUACCUGGGGAAAUGCAUCCUGCCCCCGUGACAGCUGUUUAACAUGCUAAAUAGUAUCAAGUCUUUUUGGGUCUGUCUGUCUUUUCAUUAAUGAACAAAACAGUUUCUCUGAAUAUGGAGAUCUAUUCAGGCAAGGUAGAAAUCUAAUUUGGGUUUUAAUACUUUUUUUGUAUACACAGUCACUUGGUGAAUGCUAUAGUGAUAUGAACUCUUGGCGUAUGCCACCUGUGUUUCUGGGUACCAGAUCUCUGCAGCUGGUACAGUUGAGGCCCAGUUAAAGGGAAGUACACUUAUUGGCAUGUCUCAAUGACCUUUUAUGUGCCCUCUGCAUUUUACUACCUCUUUUGUUGGGACAGAUAUUUGUGAUGCACUUGCGCUAUGAUUAUGAAUAGAAAUAAAAUUGUGUUAGGCCUGAAUUUUCUGUCAGAUCUGUGCUUGUAUUCGUGUGCGUUUUCCCAUUUAUGCUUUAGCUGGGUUAACACCUGUCACAGAAAGGCGAAUUUGCUUUGAGUGUGGAACAGAUGUCGAUAGGCACUUCAUGGCCCCUCUGACAGUAGUAAAUGCAUCAACAGAGGGCAAUUGAGAGAUGCUAAUUGCUGCAGAACUUCAUUUUGAGGAUUGUGAUGACGGUGAAAGUAAUUUACAGGAUUAAAUUUAAGUGUUUAAAUCUUUUAGAGAGAAAUGGAAGCCAGGCAUAGAGAUUUUGUCUGGUCAUCAGUAUUUAUUUUUACUUGUAAAAAUUCCAUUUCGGAUUUUUUGCGUAAUACAUUGGCUUCGACGUCUGAUUAAUAGAAUGUAUGUAAACGUUGGCAUUUCACAUGUUAAGUGUUUACGAUUAAAAAUUAAUUGCACCAGAUUUUCUUUUGUGUCUUAUGUUUGUGAGAUGUAGCACAUAAUAAAUAAACUAUUAUUCACAGCGGUUGCAUGUCUUUUGACUCCUGGGUAAGGUUCUCGGUACCCUUGCUGCUUUGACCUGGGUCUCCAUUGACUAGGGUGUUGGGGACACAGGAGUUUGCUUUGAUCCCUCGGUAAUUGAAUAUGUAUUGCAUCUUGCAUUAAUAAAGUCUUGUUGAC